CCUGCAGUGAUAUAGGGAUGGGAUCACAAAAAGAACAGAAGAGAGGGAACACGCAAUGCGAGAUGGAAGAAUAAGAUGAAGAGGCAACUGUCAACAGGGCACAGGAGGAGGAAGAGGAGCGUACUCAGCGGGGCGGCCGGCGAGUGAACAUGACAGCCACGUACACACCUGCACGCACCUGUACUUGAACACUGAACACUUGAAUAUACUCAUCGCGUGUACCCAACAUAGCCUGGUGCUGCAAGCCAGGCAUAUCACAGUGCCAGCUCAAUACAGCCCUGUCUUUCUCCGGACCUGCAGCAAGGUGUCAGCGUGAAGCCAUGAGUGAAGGCGAGGAGAUGGUGGUGAUGGUGACAGGUGGCUCUGGCCUGGUGGGCAAUGGCAUCAGAAUAAUGGUGGAAAAGGACCAGCGGCCAGGAGAGAAAUGGAUAUUUCUCAGCUCCAAGGAUGCCAAUCUUAUGAGCAUGGAUGAAACAAAGGCUAUCUUUGAGAAGCACCGCCCAACACAUGUCAUACACCUGGCUGCCAUGGUUGGUGGUCUAUUUCGCAACAUGAAGUACAACUGUGACUUCUGGCGCAACAACAUGCAAAUCAACACAAAUGUGUUGGAGGUGAGCCAUCAGAUGGGUGUGAAGAAGGUGGUUUCCUGCCUCUCCACAUGUAUCUUUCCAGACAAGACCACUUAUCCCAUUGAUGAGACAAUGGUCCACAAUGGGCCUCCUCAUUCCUCCAACUAUGGGUACAGCAUGGCCAAGCGGAUGAUUGACGUCAUGAAUCGGGUGUACCACGAGCAGUACGGAUGCCAGUUCACCUCUGUUAUCCCCACCAACAUUUACGGCCCCUACGACAACUACAAUGUGGAGGAUGGCCACGUGCUCACCGGCCUCAUCCACAAGGUUUACUUAGCCAAGAAGAAUGGCACUCCCUUCACGGUGUGGGGCACUGGUAAGCCUCGCCGUCAGUUCAUCUACUCUCUUGACCUGGCCCGGCUCAUGAUCUGGGUCACUAGGGAGUACAAGGAGAUCUCUCCCAUCAUCCUAUCUGUUGAUGAGGAGGAUGAAGUGUCUAUCAAGGAGUUGGCUGAGAUGGUAGUAGAGGAGAUGGACUUCAAGGGUGAGGUGACUUAUGACACUUCCAAGGCUGAUGGACAGUUCAAGAAGACUGCUUGUAAUGCAAAGCUACGGACAUACUUGCCGGACUUCAAAUUCACUCCUAUCAGGCAGGGGAUCAAGGAGACAGUGGAGUGGUUCACUACAAAUUAUGAGACGGCAAGGAAAUAGAGGCUCACCUUCCUCCAUGACACUACACGAACAGAUGACUCUGACUCUCACCACUACAAGUAUUGCAUUUGUGUGCCACGGUGGCUCAUCUGGCUGACUGGUCCACCAUCACCACCAACAACUACUCUACAGACAUCACCAUAACCAACAUACUACUUCUACUAUCACCAACACCAUUACCACCACUUGUACUCCAACCAGUGUGGCUUGAAGACUAACCUGUGGAGGGAGGUGUAGGGGGUGGCACAGGGAUGAGGCAUUAGUCUUAGCAGGGCCUGGAGUGGCACACACAGCUGAGAAGCAUGACACUGCAUUAUUUCCUGCAUGGCAGAGAGGAGUGGCACCACAUGAUGGGAGGAGUUUGGUACCUGAGAGAUGAGAGCAAGGCAAUGUGACAAUGUUUUAUCUGGUUUGGGAUUCAGUAUUCCAAGUAUUCACUAUCUACUGUAUGUUUGUCUUGAAUUGGGAAUUAAUACAGGUUAGUUUUCUAUUGGUCAAGUACUGGAGUAUGGAAAGCUGAAAGGAGUGAACAGAAACAAUUGAAGCAAGGGAUUCAUGCUAUGGUCACACUUUUGUGAGAGUUCUAAGAUGUAGAUAUCAGAAUAAAUAUAAAUGAGUGCUUCAUGGAUGGCUGUGAUGGCAGUGGUUGUCUUUCAGGUAAAGAGAGUGAAGGCUAAGUAUUGGAAUAUCAAUAUUACCUCCUAGAUUGCUUUCCAUUCAUCUGUUACAAUGCCUUUUCUUGGAGUUCUGCACAGAGAUUAGUGCAGGAGUACAUAUGCUGUUAAUUCUGUCCAUAUACUUCAUCACUGUAUACUCCAAGUCUGGUUAUCCUUCCCCAGUUUUCUUUGAGUAUUGUAUUGCCAUCCUCUCAUCUUUAUAACAUGGAGCAUCUCCCUUACUGGUGUGUCUUCAUUACCUCACCUGCAUUUCUUUCCACAUGAUUGAGUCACCACAGCAUGAUGUGUCACCAUCUCUGCACUCUUCAUUUAUUCCUGUUUGCUCAGCGUGACAAACCUUAUCUAGUUAUUAUCCACUCAGUUCACACCAGAGGUGUCUUGCAGAUAACUGAUUUCCACUGCAUAGAAUCUAUACCUUUAAUUUUUUGUUUUGAGUAUUACUGUCUAUUGAUAAAAAGUUAUUCCAGCUAGGAGGAUUACACUUAAUUGAGUGAAUGAUAGCAUGUCAUGUUUGUUUUUUGCUGUGCACCAGUGUUUCACCUGUUGCAGUGAGAACAUCAUAAUUUCACCAUUGUAUGAGUAUACAUGUAAUUUGUAUAUUAUAUAUAAUCUGUGAUUUUACCCAAUUCACUUGUUAUUUAUGGGAAGGAGUUUGUGUGUCCUUCCUCAUCUCUGCUUUGGUUCUUGUCACUCUUCUUCGAGAUUUUCACAUAUUAGUUUUCAUGAAAUAAAAUGGAAUUUCUUACCUAAUUGCUAAGGUGUCAGGCUUUUUUUUUCUCUCCUUAUAUAGCAGCUUUUGUAUGCUGGUGGAGUGGAAACACCCACACCAAGCCCUUUCCUGUUCCCUAUGGUGGGAUAUACAGUGAUCUACAUUGAUAUGGCUUUUAGGGGGAGGUGGGUUUCAAUGGUGGUGGUCAGCAUUCAGAGCUGUCUGGCUGACAUGAUUGUCUUGUAUAUCUCCAUAAUGGGCAAAUCUGAGGCUGUUGUGGGCAGUGGAGAAAUCCAUAUAGCCCUGUUCAUGGUAAGCCUGAGUGUGGGCAGCUGUGGCAUGGGUCAACAGUUGAUGUGGAAACUGUUGCCUUUGUAUACUGGACACUCAGUUACCUUAUUCCAAUCAGCCAUUGAACUGAAUGCUGCUUGUUGAUAACACAACCACAGCCUGUUAUUUAGAUCACUCUGUGGUCACAAUAUCUCCGCUAUCUUUACAUGCUAUUCCUUUAUAAGCAUUCUGGCUGCUGCCCUAUGGGAAAUUUUCAUGGCCAUCCCAUUGGGAAGAGAAUUCUUGGAAAUAGACAUCUGAUUUGAAAUAAAAUUUUAAAAAUA